AUGGGUUUAUUUGGCGCAUUAGCAGGAGUCGCAUCUAGAUUUUUACCCGCAGUGGGAACAAUAGCCAGAGGUGUAUUUGGAGUUGGAAGGAAGAUUUUGAGUACAUUAGGUAUACUUAAAGAGAAAGCACAACCUAUUAUACAAACUGUACAGAAAGGUUGGGAUGUAGCACGAGAUGCAACAAAUCUUAUUCCAAAUCCUGAAACAAGAGGAAAAGUUCAAGGAUGGAUGGACAAUGUAGGAAGACAAGCAGGAAACUAUUAUAACAAAGCAAAUGACUACUAUAACCAAGCAGGACACUAUAUGGACCAAG